AUGCACUCGUUCUCGAACGGUAGUCCCAUCCACCUCGACCUUCAACAUCAUCCUCCCGAUCACCCGUCUCACUUCCACAAGUCGUUGGAUGAUUCGGAAGAGACGAGCGACGUCGAGAACACUCUGAUACUCGACGUCGUCGGCAAUAAUCCGAACGAUCAUCAUCAUCAUCCUCAUCCUCAUCAUCUUCAAUUAUCUCCUUCCGGAAGGAGGUAAUGAACGGGAAUUCCAAUUAUAAUUCCACUUUAGUUAAGAGUCUAGGAAAAUAAUAAUAAUAAUAAUAAUAAUAAUAAUAAUAAGAAUAGUGGAAAAGAGUUCUAGACCUAGAGAUCCAAUCGAUUGCAGGGGUGUUCACUGCGUCUCCAACUCGCUCCGCUCCAUUCUCUUCCUUUUUCGCCUUUUGGCCAUUUUCCCAACUUCGACCGACAAGAGGAACAGAAGGAAACGAAAUCACAAAGCGAUUAUUGUAAACCCGAAAAACGUCGACACAAAACCGUUCAACAUUUUUCAGAAAUGGAUCCUGUACGUCAAUUACAUUGUGCUCGCUGUGCUCCUGAACUCAUUCCUGAUCAAAAUGAACUUCCGUGUGUUGAUGCUCUACAAGGUACGUCUAAACACUUUCGGUGCCCGCAGAAUAUUAUUUGAUUCCCAGCACAAAUUCGGUCUGAUGCACACCGGAACCGUUUCCUCAAUGAUAACCGCCACUAAACCAGUGAUCAACGUGUUUGUCAUCGUGCUCUCCGCAGUCAAGUUCAGAUCUCAUCAGAGACUUCUCAAGGUUGGUUGCAGGCUUUAUAUACAGAAUACAGAUCAAAGAACCCGGUAUUGCUGGAAGGUUCGAAUCCAGCGUGUCUGUUUCCGUAAUAGGCACCGAGUGUCAAAAAGAGAACUGUUAUGAGCGAAUCGAGGAGCAAACUCAUCUAUUUUCAGACCAUCGACAUGGUGGACGUGUGCUUCCGAAGUGCGUUCGGCGUGACUCCGCCCCUCCGCAUCUACAAGUUCAUCUUCUUCUUCGUGCUUUCCAUCGUAUUCUUCGCGGCGCUCAUCCUCAAAAUCGUCGAGUUCGUCGGCACGGAACAAGUGUUCGGUGACCACAUCCUCACCGACUCUAGCUUCCUCCUGGUCCCGGUCCUCAGUCUCUGGAACAUAAUUCCGCUUCUCUACUACCAUCUGUACAACGUUCUCGUUCGUUUCUACUGCCGCACACUCAUCAAAUCGAUGAAUCGGGAGCACAAGAAGCGGCAUUUUAGUUUGAAAUUCUAUUACGAACAGUUCACAAGGAUCACGAAUGUGCAGGAGGCCGUCGGCGACGUCUUCAAUCCGCUUCUCUUGUUCUCGUUGGCGUGGAGUCUUCUCGUUCUCUGUCUAACUAUUUACUUCAUGUCAGAGCCCACGUCUACGUAAGUUUUAGUCAGUUCAGAAUCCAGACUUCAAGUGAAACGUUUGCAGUCUGCUCGUCCCGAUCACUCCAGAACAGGUGACCAAUCAGAAGAUUCGCGAGAAGCUCAACAUCACCGUGCACGUCUCCAUCUGCUGGGCCGCCUAUCAGGUCGUCAUGGCCAUUUUGCACAUUCUGAUCAUUUGCUCAACCGGCAUGAUGACCAACGAGACGACCCGUCAAAUAGUGAACGCGGUUCUCCGAAUCGUGCCCGACGCCAACGCGGACCUCGAUCGAUUCCAAAUCUCUUGCUUCGUGCACAAAAUGACCACUCAGUUCAUGUGGGGAAUGACUGUUUGGAGGGCUUUUCCGCUGGAGAGAACCACCUUCUUCACGGUGAGUUCCUGCUCCGCUGCUCCAGAAUCUAAGCCAGGCUCCCUGACUUUCAGCUCAUCUCAGUCAUUGUAACCUACUCGCUUCUCCUGUUCCGCUUCAAAGACGACAUGGUGCACAAUCCGCCGUACAUGGCCGCGUUGGCAGUCUUCAACACAAGCACCGUAUCUCCUGCCUAG